AGACCACUCUGUGUGUGCUGGGCCAAUAUUAGCAGAAGCUCUCCCUGCCACAUCACAAUACUAGAAAGGGGCAUGGACGUCGUGUGCGUUCAAGAGCCCUUCACCUGCGCUAACUUAAGAACCUCUACCUACCUAGGAUAUAGACACUUUGCACCUAUU